GGCCGGAGUGGAGCGGACUAGCUUCAGUCGCAUUCCAGUGCGGUGCGCCGCUGCGCCUGCUACCGUGGAUAGAUAGCACCCGCGUGGAGCCGCUACCGUCGGCCGAUCGUGUAGACACUGUGGCUGCUGUAGCGACUGCUGUACAGCAGCAGUGCUUACAUUUCCGCAUCACCGUGACCGACUGCGGCUACCGCCGGCGAGGGCUACGUAUAAUUGGCAGACUACACAGAAAAGCUGCGAUCAAACCGUCAGCUGAAGAACUUGAGCUCACACCGCCAAAACAGCAAGUGGCAGACAUUCUGUGACUGAGCUCAUUGGCAUCAGUGGUCUGGUGGAUAUAAUAAUUGCCCAGUAACUGACGGCAGCAGCAGCAACGUUCUCACCAAAAGAAGCAAGCGGCAGUAUCAGUAGCCAGUUCAGUGGGAGCAGCAGCAACAACAGAAGUAAUAGCAGCUGAAGCUAGCAGCAAGGAACCCUCGGCUGCAGCAAUAGCCCCAAGGAAACCAAGCAGCCACAGCAGCAGCAACGCCCACAGCAAUAGAAGCAGCUGUUAGUUUCAGUAGCCAGCAGCAGCAGCAGCAGAAGCUGCAGAAGCAGCAGCUAAUUUCGGCGGCAGUGAUCUCCAACAUUACCACACCAUGCUGCGCGUGCCCACCCUGCCGCUGCGGCAGCGCUCAGCCGGCGAUCUUCCCAGCAUCCCCGAGAACAGCGAGUCAACGGAGCGGAGUCAGAGUCGACCGGUGCUGAGUCGGAGUCACGGAGACGUGAGUCGACUCCAGCCGCCGGCUCAGACUCACGGAGGAGCGACUCCAGAGAGCGGGGGACUGAGUCGGCCCGGCUCGGCCGAGUUCCUCUCACCAAUACUGCCGUUCGCGGAGAUCCCUCCCGAGAAGGGUCUUCGCCGCUGCAGGUCCCUGCUGAGACAAGUCGCGAGAAAGGCGCGCAAAAACAUUCUUCAUCACAGCACGCACGACUGCUCGAUACCUUCCGACUGUCGCGAACAGCUGAAACACAUCUACGUCUACUGAGCGGGACGGCGUGACGUCAGUGGCUCACUGUGACGUCAUUGGAUCGGCAGCUGUCACGUCUUAUUGGUUUGAAUUGCCAGCUGUGAUCAACAGACUAGGAUAAUAAUCAAAACAAGACAGGAAGGGGAGAUUCAGGCUGAUUGGAUUUGGAGAGACCAUGACAUGUGCGCGAUCAGCUACAUUUUUCUACGACGUCCACACAUGUAAUCGUAUUUUGUUCUGUCUUGCAUUUGUUGUGCUCGUUUCUCAGGAGUUUUGCUUGUGACAAUACUCUGUGAGACUCUGACCGCGUCAUCAGCGCCACACCCCCAGUGUCGCCCCCCUCCCCCUGGGCAGUAUCAUCGACCCCACACUGGCAGUCUCCAGCCCUCCGGGGAGCGGUCGGCCCUACAGCCCCAGUGUAGCCACCCCGCGGCCACCGGUCGGCCCGCACCACACCCCCAGUGUAGCCACCCCCGGCCUGCUCAUCGGCCCCACAUCCCCAGUGUCGCCGCCUCCCGGCCAGUGUAGCGGUCGGCCCUACACUGACUAGUGAUGUCAAUAACGGAAAAUCGUGAUACCGAUACCAAACCAAAUACCAACAAUAUCCAUGGAAAAAUACCGAAACCAAACCGACUUGGGAAUAUGAGAAAAAUACGAACUUUUUACCAUAUUCUCAGCCUCUUUGACAUAAGUGAGGAUUCAUAAUACCAGCAAAAUACCAAAUGCACUCGCCUUGAAAUACCAAAUACCGAGUUGGUAUCGGUUUGGUAUCGGUAUACCAAAAAGUUGGUCUCCGAUUGACAUCUCUAACACUGACAGGGUGCCGCCCCCGGCCAGUGUAGCGGUCGGUCCAUUCGGCGCCCGCGUGACCCUGAAAUUGGCGCGCCGGCACCCACUGCGGCGCGCUGGGACCUUCAGCGGUGUCCUGGCGGCCCAUGAAGGUCUCCCAGUGGGCCCACAGUGCGCUCCGGGCGGUAGCACAACGCUGGCGUCCAUAUCUAGCUUCCGGAGCUGGCGGGAAGUCGGUAGGGUCUGGUGUGACGUCACUGUAUGACGUUACUGUGUGUGUUACACAAUGUGUGACGUCAUUGGUGGUGUUUGAGUGACGUCAUAUAGUGUGACGGCAGUGGUGGGAUUCAUGUGAAUGUAUACUAGUGGAUUCUGAAGUGUGUUGUGGACUGUAGUUGUUGCGACGGUGAAUAUUGAUAUUCAGGGAGUCAUUUACAUGUGAAUGCUGCAGGUUCAGCUAGCAAUGAACAGGGAGUGGAUCUCCCCAUAGAAAUAGCGUGUGUUUGAGGAAGGAGAAGGACGAAAAAUGUGAAUUGUAUGUAGACAGUGACUGAACGAGAGAGUGCAUAGACUUUGUCCAAUGUUAAACCAGCCAACUUGUCAUUACCGUGUUGAGUGGGUCGUUGCUUCGUCAAAGCAUUUUGUUGCAUGCAGAAAAUGGUGUCGUCUGAAAGUGGCUUGUGGUUUGCAUUGUGUAAUUACGUUUAUACAUAAGGUAUUUGACAAAAUAUUGUUGGCUAUUCUUGUACCAUAUCUUGUAAGGAUUUAUCCUUUCAAAUGUCUGCUCAAUUGUUUCACCUUACUCCUGUUCAUUAUUCCAUGUAAAUGCUGCUCACUACACAUGUAGCACGAAUGCUGAUAAUAGCCCCGUCCACUGUCCAGGUAUUUGAUAAUAAAACCACAAAAAUGAG